GGGUUGGUGUCGGACACUGGCCGCAGGAGCUGCACCCUUACCGGGAGAGGGUGGCCACUGGGCCCCGGGCUCCGGGAUCCGGGCCUCCGGCUUCAGUUUUGGCCUCGUUCCCUGGGGAUGGGGCUUCGCUCCCGGUCUUGCCCCUGAACCGCGACAAACACUCGAAUUUGGAGCUGCCCCUGCUCAGGACAUUAACCCCCGACUGACACCCGGAUCGAAGCGUCCAGCUACAUACAGAUCCACGCAUUCGGAGCCAUCCUGGAUUCUCCGUUGAAAUCGGCUCGGAUUUUGGGGAAGAAAAUGAGAAUUCGAUAAAUUGUGAGAUUUGAAAUCAGUGAGAGGAGCCAAAUGAGCGUUACACCGUCCGGCCUGAGUGAGAGGUUUCCCAUCAGAAGACUUCCCAGGCAAGGAGGAAGCAUACUGAACAAGGACCUGUCGCCUGAUAAGAAGCAUGACAAGAAGAACUCCGAGAAAUCCCCUCUGUACGAGUUUGACCCGACAGGCCUGGUUCAACGCUGUGUCAUAAUCCAGAGAGAUGAGAAUGGAUUUGGCCUGACGGUCAGUGGCGAUAAUCCUGUGUUUGUCCAGUCCGUCAAAGAGGAUGGGGCAGCCGUGCGUGCAGGCGUGCAGCAAGGUGACAGAAUCAUCAAGGUUAAUGGAUCGCUGGUGACGCAUUCCAACCAUGUGGAGGUCGUCCGAUUAAUUAAAUCUGGGUCGUAUGUGGCUCUCACAGUCCUGGGCCGUCCCCCUGGCUCUCCGCAGAUCCCACUUACAACGACUGAUGGAGAUCCUGGAACCUUCUCCUUCCCUGGACAACAAGGUCCAAUAUCCCCAAAUCCAACUUUCUCCCCACAUUCUCCAAGCAGCAGCUGCCCGGACAGGAUCACCAGCCCCAUGCCUGUGGCGGAAGACAACAUAGUACACAGCCAGAAGGUUGAAAUCUUGCGGAACAUGCUGGGCACUGAGAUACGGCAGCUCGAGCAACUUAAGGAGAAGCACUUGAGGAACCCAUCACAGCAGCUGCUUCGAGAUCAGCAGGAGGUGGAGAAGCACAUUCAUCAACUGCAAGAGCAACUGAGUAAAGCUACAGGCUCCUCACAGGAUGGCUCAAGUUCUGUUCGACUCUCAGAGACAUUAACAAUUGUUGAAAGACUCACAGAUGGAGGAGAGUGGGAGCAUGAGCUGCAAUCCCAGAGCGAGAAUAUGGGGACAGAUAAAAGCCGGAUUUCAUUCAGCCGUGCGGAGUCUACGAUAACUAGCCCAUCUCCCCCAAGUGAUGGUCACUUUCAUCGAGACAGUCUGAGCAACAGCCCCAAGACCUCCCCUAAAGAUGCUGGCAGCUUCUAUGAGAGUAUGGAUGUUGAUGAAAGCCAGGACUGGGAUUCUCUGUCCCCAGCACUUAGUAGCUCGCAGAUUGGAGCACAGAUAAUCGGGGCAGAAGACGAUGAUUUUGAUACUGAAGCUGAGCAGAUUGACAUUCAGUGUGACUGUUUCCAAACCAUCGAUUCAGUGAAGUCACGGCCUGCACAUCUGGUUGCAUUCUUACAUCAUGUAGUGUCGCAGUUUGAUGCAGCCCCGCUGCUCUGUUAUCUCUAUACCGAUCUCUACAACCAUACAAACCCUAAGGACCAGCGGCGAGUGUUUCUGGAGUUUUGCCAUCUGUUUUUGGAGAAGGGUUCGAAUCUCAAAGUUCAGGUUCCAGAAUGGAUCAGCACAGAACUGGAGAGGAGGCGAGCAGAUCUAAAUGAGGAAACGCAACGUAACUUCAUGCAGGGAAUACAGAACACUGUCCUGCCUGAUGUUCAGGCUCAUCUGGAGGAUUUCAGACAAAAACGGAACAUGGGAAUGACAAUCGCAGAGAAUGAAUUGACAAGGUUGGAUCGGGAUCGAAUGCGAGACCGCGUGGCAGCUGAGCAGAAGGAGCGGGUGUGUGCGGAGCAACUGUUACUGAAGAUCGACGAGGUCCUGGCAAACUUGUCUCCUUCUGAGGAAGAGAGAAGUAAUUCUGUCUCUGAUGUGAUCCUCAUCUACAUGAAACAGCUCGGUGUGAAAGCAAAGGAUUCAAGAAACCUGGAUAGGGAUCGCAGAAUACGAGUUGCAUUCUUCCCAAAGAAGAAGCCAAGUAUAAAGAAAGAAAAGGAACCUGUGAAAGAUGAUGAGAAAAAGAAACGAUUCCAGAGUAUUCUGGACCCUAUUCGCCGUACAAGCAAACAGGAUCGUAGUGCCAUUGAAAAGGCCAGGUUACUGUACCAAAAGCAGAUGGGACCAUACAGCCGGUCAGUUUCUCACUCAGAACAUAACGAGAGAGCCAAACCCAUUCCAUUCUUCAGUGAGGGAAGUGACGCAAACCAUCAACCUGUAGUAACUGGAUCACCAGGGUCAGCUUUGACCAUCUCUGUCCACGAUGGGCUCUCGGAGAGCGAUACAGAUCCUGUGGCUGCAACACCUGCUACAAUGAAGAUGGUUGGAGACAAUUUGUUAAUUGGGGAUACCAGCACUUCUACACCAAAGUCAACCUUCGAGUUUCCAUCCACCCUUGAUCAGGUGAUGGAGGAGGACCGGGAGUCGGAGAGGAGUCUGGAGACUGCCACACCACCAUGCACCCCGAAACCAGGUCGCAGAGUGGAUGGACAUGGAUAUGGAGCGUGGACUGAGCCUGGUUCUCAGAGCCAGUGCCUGACUCAGGCAGAGGAAGAUCAAACACAUCUAUCGGAUGUGGAGCAGGACCCAGCCAAUUGGCAGCAAUUGGUGAGCCAGGAUAUCCUGUCCGGCCUGAAACCACACGAGAUCAAGCGGCAGGAAGUUAUUAAUGAACUUUUCCACACGGAACGCGCUCACAUCCGAAUGCUGAAAGUCCUGGAUGUAAUUUUUUACCAGAAGAUGAUGCGAGAUGGCAGCUUACCUGCAGCUGAUGUGAAGAGUAUAUUUUCCAACCUUGAAGAAAUUCUGCAGCUUCAUGUGUCAUUAAAUGAGCAGAUGAGGAAAGUCUGGAAAAGGAAUGAAAACUUUGUGGUUGAUCAGAUUGGUGAAGACCUGCUGAGCUGGUUCAGCUGUUCUGAAGAGGAGAAGUUUAAACGAGCUGCUGCCACUUUCUGCAGUAAUCAGCCCUUUGCCCUGGAACUCAUCAAAUCAAAACAGAAAAAAGAUUCGAGAUUCCAGGCCAUCAUUCAGGAGGCACAAAGUAACCCGCAAUGCCGGAGGCUGCAGCUAAAGGACAUCAUCCCGACUGAGAUGCAGCGACUGACCAAAUACCCACUGCUUCUGGAGAAUAUUGCCAAAAACACAGAUCCAGAACAACAUGAAGAGAAGAAGAAGGUGAAGAAAGCAGCAGAAUGCUGUCGGCAGAUUCUGAACUUUGUGAACCAGGCUGUGAAGGAAGCUGAGAAUAAACAGCGGUUGGAAGAUUACCAGCGUCGCCUGGACCUGUCCAGCCUGAAGCAGUCAGAUUACCCACUGAUUGAGGAAUUUCGGAAUCUGGACCUUACAAAGCGGAACAUGAUCCAUGAAGGCCCUCUGAUUUGGCGGGUGAAUAAAGACAAGACAAUCGAUCUUUACACACUGCUGUUAGAAGACAUUCUGGUUCUGUCCCAGAAGCAGGAUGAACGAUUGGUGUUGAAAUGCCACAGUAAGAAUCUCGCUGCCAACGCAGACACCAAACACAUCUUCAGCCCCAUUAUCAAACUGUCUGCUGUGCUCGUGCGGGAGGUCGCAACAGAUAAUAAGGCUUUCUUUGUCAUCUCAACAUCAACUGAUGGUGCACAGAUCUAUGAACUGGUGGCCCAGACCGUCUCUGAACGGAAAACGUGGCAAUAUUUAAUCACACAGACUUCAGGAUCUAUUAAAGCACCAAGCCACCAUGUGAUCCCCGAGCCAGCAGUUACUGAGAGUGAGCAAGAGGACGAGGAGAAUCUGAGCACAAUGCAACAAAGUGGAUCAGGCAAAGUUCCAGGAAGAAUGUUGGGCAGCAACGAAUCACCACAAGGUAAAGAGAUGCCAUCUGUGACUGAUGACACUCUGAAUCUCUCAACGUCCAACAAGCAGAAACCUCCUGCAGUCACCUCGAUGCAGGAGACAGAUGAACAGGCCAGACACAUGCGGGAGUAUACCAGCCUCCGCAGACCAGCUGCAGGGCAGACCCCUUACAGAAACACUGAGCCGCAAUGUUCGAGCCAGGGUCGGUCUUCAGCCUCAUCGCUCUCCUGCUCCCAAGCAGAGAUUGCACUAACAAACCUUCACUCCUUGAAGCAAUUACUGUCCUUUCACAUGCUGAAUUUAGAAGAUGAUGGCAGUGAUGGAGGUUCGAUUCAGCACGUUCCAGAGGAAGACAGUAUCCUGGCAUCACUAAAGCAAGGGGCAGAGGGGCCUCUGGACUAUGCAUCAUGUUGUCAAGGUGAGAUACCUGACAAAGCUCUGCAGCAUCAGCUAGAAUUAGCCAAUGGGACUCUGGAAGAUUCGGAAGCUCAAACAAGUGUUAGUGAAAGGACUAAACUUACCUGUCACUUUACGCUGGAGGCAGGUCAUGUUGAGCAUAGCACAGCUGAAGAGCAUGGCCCAGACUCUACAACGGAUGAUGGGGGAGAAAGGUUCUAUGAUGCUCCAGAAGAUCAUGCAGAUGAACACCGGUCACAGGAGAACAGCCCAACUCCCAACAGAGAUGAGAGGUCAAAGUCACAAACAUGUGUGUCAGGAAAUUACCUAACCGUGGACAGAUUUCUGCAGAUAGAGGGGAGCUCCGCUGAUGAAACUGACAUGUCUGUGCUUCAGUCUGAAUGUCCUGCGCAUUGUACCACCCAAAGCACAGAAACAAGGGAGAACUGCAGCACAAUUGGGCCGUGUAAUCCAGAGAGGGAAUUCGGACAGCUGCUUCCUUCAUUGGAUGUACAAAAUCAAAUCCUCCAGUUGAUACACGGCAUCGAAUCUGCUCUGAAACAUUUAAAGGAGGUGGAGUUGGAAUAUUAUAGUCAGCAGAUCCCGGACUCAGCAACAUCGCAUGAACGAACGGGAGACAGUUAAUGCAGUCUGUUUGGAUACACAAUCAAGCCAGACUCGGUUUUGGAACAUGAAUGCUUGGAUCUGAUCCCUCAAAGCUCCGGCUAACUCUGUACUUUGGAGACAUUUGUGGAACCAAAUGUUGAUUCUGUAAAUGCCACUGAGUUCUGCAUCAUUUUUGGGACGGUCCUGCUGGUUACCGGUGAGUCCUGGUUACCGAUGAGUCCUGCCGGUUACCAGUAUGCCGGUGCAUUCCGGAACGGUUGAUAUAAUCACCUUCCCUUGUGUACACGCACAUCUCUCUUGAUUAUAAAACUGAUCUCACUCACCACAUCUCCAAAAACCAAAUGUACAGAAAUUUGGCAGAAAAUCAGCUUAGAGUUUGAAGAAAUUGAGAUGUAUUUAUUUGUAUCCACUUGCAAUGAUAAAUGCAAUCUUUUUGUCAUAAUUUUUAUUUUCAUAGUCUGUAUUGAGCUGAUUUGCAGACAAAGAUUGAGAUAUGGUCAAUGUAUGGAAUUCGUGCAUUGGGUUCCAACACUGGGGCCAGUGGAAUAGAUGGAAUAGGGGUGUAAGAGGGAGUUAAUACACAGUUAGGGUGUGAGAGAGAGAGAGAGAUAUGACACAGCUGGUGUGUGAGAGGGAGUGUGUUAUUGCACAAUUUCAUAACUACAGCAUAGCUCCCGGAAGCCCAAACAGGUUUCAGACCCGUGGUGUAUUUGCUGCUGUUAACCUGAUCAGCUGUAGAAUCAGGGCUCUGGACCAAAGCUGUGUUUUUUUUACAAAAUCUUCACUUAGAGAAAAGCAGCAGAUAAAAGGACAGAUUAUUGUUUUAGUCUGUCUGACGAAUGGUGAACUUUCCAACCUGUCUUUGCCCUGAGCAUGCAGUUUGUUUGCAGUAUUGUUUUGAACUUUAAGUACUUGCAAACACAUUUACCUGUCACAUCAUCUGUUAUUUUCUCAAAUGCUUGUUUCUCACUGACAGGGAAGUGUUGGUAUAAUAAACUGGGUUUACUAAAGAUAGAGCUGGUUUCUGAAACAAGAUGUUGGAACUGUUGAAUUCAUGGGCACAGGAGCUGACCAGCUCUUUCUAUCAGAAUUUGUUCAUGGAAUCAGUUGAUUUUCAUUUAGAGCCUCUCCCUCCCCAAGGACAGUUAUAACACAGUAAGAUCAUCCUCCCAGCCAUUCCUCUAUCACAUAUUAGAGAAGCUAUAAUCAAACCUGCUGUUCCCAGAGACAUGCAUUUUCUAAUUAUAAUUUCUGUCCCAGUAAUUGAUUUCAGAUGUGACUCUGAGGAGUAACUUCAAUGCUGUGAUGACCAUCAGCCCAUAACUAAGCUGGAAAUUACCGUCAUGUAAUUCCUGAUGUAUUUUAUAAAGUGAGCACAGAAGUCGUUAACAAGAGCCAGGCACCCUAAUGCUGGAUUUCAGUUCAGACUCUGACUGAAACAGUCACUUCCAGCUCUCAAACCAUCAUUUACAUGUGUGAGACCUUGGGUUUAUAUAUAAUGCUGAUUUGGUUUGACCGCACAUUCUAACUCUGCAGAUUGCCUCUGACGUGUGUACAGACCUGGUGUACCCCCUAUUGCUGCCCUGUACAUCGCCCUUCACAAUACACUAACCUUGCUGCCUCCCCUAACCUAUAGUUUUAUUUGUCUCAAGUUUAGAACUUUGACAUAUUUCAUUUGGUUUUAUCCAACUUUGUAAAAUAGCAUCUCGUGUAAGAUUUAGCAAAGACAUUAUGUUACUUGAAAAAAAAUAUAAUUCUGUUUCUGGGAUCUGGGUUUUAAAAAAAAAAUGUUUCAUUAUAAUUAUAAUGUUUCAAUAUAAUUAAAAAGCUUGUGGCAGAAAGAUUUGCUUCUGUUACUUUUGA